AUCGUCCUGAUGACGUUACCGUGGAGCUUGCAAGAAACGGCCUGGAAGGAUGGUUCGGAAGAUUUAUGCCAUUCCUUUGACAUCAUGUCCGCCGAGUACAGACUGAAAACAUGCCAAUGGCUGAAGAAGAAAGAUGGAAUCGUUCAAGUUAACUGCACUUAUAGCUCGAGUAUCGUCCUGAUGACGUUACCGUGGAGCUUGCAAGAAACGGCCUGGAAGGAUGGUUCGGAAGAUUUAUGCCAUUCCUUUGACAUCAUGUCCGCCGAGUACAGACUGAAAACAUGCCAAUGGCUGAAGAAGAAAGAUGGAAUCGUUCAAGUUAACUGCACUUUAUACUAUCAUUAUUAUUUCAGUUCCAUAUCGAUAUUUGAUACCAGCACCAAAUGGUACACCGUUUUUCUCGUCUUUCAGUCGCUUCCGGAAGAGUGGAGGCGCUGCAAAGAAGAAUACCCCCUGUAUCUUUACUUCGUGCGAUUAAAGAGCGAAAGGAACGUCUCCAAUUUACGACCACCUUUGAACAGCAAGCCUUUAUGCUUAGAAAUGAUAACGAAAGGACAGCUGAAAGAAUACGACAUUAAGGUAUCUUUUUCGAAUUACACGUCGAGGGUGUUCGCCCACCUCGUUUCUCUCUCUCUCGAUCUGUCGGAAUUGAGCCAAAAGGCGGUCCCCUGUCCGCACGAAGUCGUCAUAGACUUUUCUGUGUUAUUACAGACACUCAAUGGUUCUGAAACAGAACGUUCGGUUACUCUAUGGAUGAAAGUGUUGAAGCCUUACCUAUUGCUGGCAACAGUUAAAGAAGCUACUUUCACAUUCAGCAAAGACGUGCAGAUGUUACCUUUACCUGUCCCCAAAAUCUUCAAUGGUAUCGACGUCCGUAAUCUCAGCUGUUUAUCCUGCGGGUUCACUUCUUUAAGUUACGGUAACUUUCCCUAUUUUCCAAAAUUGCGCAUCUUGCGUUUUCCUUAUAAUGAAAUCCGUUAUAUCGAGUCUCGGGCCUUCUGCACCCUUCCCAACUUGGAGCAGUUAGACUUAACGGGUAACCCCCUUUUGGGUUUUCCAUCGGCUAUCUUUUUUUUAUCUCGUCUCUUCCUCUUGAAUUUUGACUUCAUAUCACCUCCCGGUAAUUUCUUUGUUUUAAGACUCAAAUACGUUUCUUCAGCAACUCGCUUGAAGUCUGUUCUAAACAUGGAAGGAACGCCCCUUCAGUAUCUUCCGGACGAUUCCUUCGCUCAUUUUUACCCCUUCAUUCUGAAACUGAAAAAUUGCAAAAUCGGAAGGAUCUAUUCCGGAGCUUUUCGAGGAUUGACCGGACUAACUACCUUGAUCUUGUCCUCGAAUUCCAUUAUAGACUUAGACGUUAAAACCUUCCAGGAUUUGAAGAACUUAAGUAUUUUGAUUUUGAACAACAACCGCAUAGAGUCCGUUGGAGAGUAUCUAUUUUUCUCUCUCUCUAAACUGAGUGUUUUGGCUCUUUCCAGAAAUCAGAUACAACAACUUCCGGUCGGUAUUUUUCGAAAUUUAAACCAAUUACAACACAUCGAUCUGAGUCAUAACAAACUGACUUUCUGGAAAUCUGACACCUUCAGUGGUUUACCGAAUCUACGAAAUUUAAGUCUUAUCGGCAAUUUGAUUUCCGUGUUGGAAUCGUCGAUGAUCCGUGACGUGAAACAUGUACGGAGAGUGCAGUUGGACGGGAAUCCUUUCGAUUGCAAUUCUUGUCUUUUGCCUCUGAUGAUCCAUUGGGUGCGAAAUAACACCCCCAAUUUGGACUACGACAGAUACGUUUGCCGUUUUACGAAAGAAAAUCAGAAUCGAAUCUUAUUGAUAAAUGCCACCUAUCAACAGGAUUUAUGCAUUGUCCUUCCCAUUAACUAUUUCGUUUGCGUGGGUAUUCCUUUGCUCGUGUUAACAUUUUUCCUCUUCUUGUUUUCGUCCAUGGGCUACAGAUAUCGCUGGUAUAUCAGAUAUUUCGUGUUCUACGUUCGCUUGAAAAUUUCUAAUUACGAAGAGACAAAGAAUUUCGACAGUUAUUUAUAUGACGUCUUCAUUUCAUACAGCUCUAAGGAUAGAGAAUUUGCCAAGAAACUUCUGGACAAGAUAGAAAACGACUUCGGCCUGCGCGUGUGCAUAGACGAGAGGGACUUCCUGCUCGGAAAUUUAAUUACUGACAACAUUGUACGCAGCAUCGAUAAUUCCAGAAAAGUGAUUCUUGUCCUUUCCGAAAACUUCGUACGCAGCGAGUUUUGCAAAUUCGAGAUGCAACUGGCGCAGCACCGGCUGUUCGAAACAAACAAUUCUCUGAUAUUGCUCAAAUAUGGCUCCAUUCCUGAUGACAUCAUCAGCAAGAAGCUGCGCUACCUGAUGAAAACCAUAAACUACAUCGAGUGGCACAACUCCGAAGAUUCCGCUCGGCUUUUUUGGCUGCGCUUGAACAAUGCAUUGAAGAAAAACAUACCCUCCGAUAACGACAAAAGUUUUAUAUAG